AUUAUUGUGAUUUGCAAAUGGCGAAUUGUAGUUGUGACGAGUGGUAGACGAGUGCACAUGUGUAAAUGGAAGUAGAAAAUGGAUGGAGUAUAAACUGAUUCAGUGAAGUUAAAUUGUGCCAGUCGUAACGAAACAUUGAAAUGGUUAACCAGUUGAGGUUCGUACAUAAAAUAUGGUAAAAAAACAAAAUAAUGUCAAGUACGAAAAACUUGCUCAUUUCUUUAAUUCAGAAGCUGAUAGUAAGCAACAGGCUGUUAAAGCUGAAAGCGAAAAUGAACCCAUAAUGUGGAUAAGUGCCAGCGAGGCAAGUACUUUAGGUGCUGAAGAGGUAGCUUCGCGGCUAAGGGUUGAAGUUAGACAAGGUCUUAGUUGGCAGGAAGCCACACACAGGAGGCAAUUGUCUGGUUAUAACGAAUUUUCUGUAAGAGAAGAAGAUCCUCCAUGGAAAAAAUACCUCGAACAGUUCAGGAACCCCCUGAUAUUGCUUCUAUUGGCAUCAGCUUUUGUGUCCAUUUGCAUGAAACAAUUCGACGAUGCCAUAAGUAUAACAGUAGCUAUUGUGAUAGUUGUAACCGUUGCAUUUGUGCAGGAAUAUCGAUCCGAAAAAUCUCUACAAGAAUUAACCAAGUUGGUGCCACCUUCAUGCCAUUGUUUAAGAGAAGGAACACCAGACACGUUCCUUGCCCGAGAACUAGUACCGGGGGAUAUAGUCCUUUUGAACAUUGGGGACCGUAUUCCCGCCGAUCUUCGUUUGUUCGAGGCUGUCGAUCUUCAAAUCGACGAAAGUAGCUUCACUGGAGAAACAGAACCCGCUCAAAAGGAAACAGCUCCAGUCCUUCACCCCAACGGCACUCACUCUUCAAAAUCGAAUAUUGCUUUCUUGGGUACACUUGUGCGAUGUGGCUCUGGAAAGGGCAUAGUAGUGAGUACUGGACCAAACAGCGAAUUUGGCAACGUGUUUCGUAUGAUGUUGGAAGAGGAAGCGCCUAAAACACCGCUCCAGAAAUCGAUGGACAGACUGGGUGCUCAGUUAUCAAUUUACUCGUUUGCCAUAAUCGGUCUAAUUAUGCUGGUUGGAUGGAUACAAGGGAAGAAUAUUCUGGAAAUGUUCACAAUCGGUGUCAGUUUAGCGGUAGCUGCCAUUCCUGAAGGUUUACCCAUUGUUGUGACGGUAACUUUGGCAUUAGGAGUAAUGCGUAUGGCGAAAAGAAACGCAAUUGUGAAGAAGCUGCCGACGGUCGAAACGUUGGGUUGUGUGAACAUAAUUUGUUCGGACAAAACGGGCACCAUUACGCGCAAUGAGAUGACGGUGACCGUGCUCGUUACCUCCGACGGUUACAUAGCGGAAGUAACCGGAGCGGGCUAUAACGACCACGGACAAAUACUAAUGCACAAAUGUGAUAAUAUUGAUAGGGCCAGAGAUAGUAUUUAUAAACUUUUAGAGGUGAAUUAGCAAAGGNUGUGCAAUAAUGCAAUAAUCGUAAACGAAAAUCUGAUGGGACAACCGACGGAGGGCGCCCUGCUGGCAGCCGCGAUGAAGAACGGAAUGUAUAACAUUGGUGAUCGUUACAUCCGCCUUCAAGAGUAUCCCUUCUCGUCCGAACAAAAGCUGAUGGCGGUCAAAUGCGUUUCAAAAUACGACAACGAUAAACAAGAUGUGUUUUUUGUCAAAGGCGCUAUGGAGAAAGUGUUACCUAAGUGCACGUCGUAUUACUGGAGAGGAAGCAUAGAACCUCUUACUAGUAAAAAAGAACAAGAAUUUAUGGCAGAGGCUCACGAGGUGGGAAGGAAGGGGCUACGUGUUUUAGCAAUGGCAAAAGGAACGAGCCUGCAAGAAUUGGUAUAUUAUGGUAUAGCAGGGAUUUGUGACCCUCCCAGGCCGUAUGUGAGGGAAUCGGUCACGACUUUGAUACAGUCUGGGGUGCAAGUCAAGAUGGUCACAGGAGACGCCAUGGAUACUGCAGUGGCUGUUGCGCAAAUGAUAGGUUUAGACACACUCCAUUCUCCAGUUUUAUCUGGAGAACAAUUGGACGCGUUUUCAGACGUUGAGUUGGAUGCAGCCAUUCCAUAUGCAACCGUAUUCUACAGGGUGACACCCAAACAUAAACUUGCUAUUGUUAAAUCGUUGCAGAGAACAGGUAACAUUGUUGCCAUGACGGGAGACGGGGUGAAUGACGGAGUUGCUUUGAAAAAGGCCGACAUUGGAAUCGCCAUGGGAAAAAACGGCACCGAUGUUUGUAAAGAAGCUGCAGACAUGAUUCUUGUUGAUGACGACUUUCAUACUAUUAUAUCUGCCAUUGAAGAAGGAAAGGGAAUUUAUUACAACAUUCGAAACUUCGUUAGGUUUCAAUUAUCCACUUCUAUAGCAGCUUUAUCACUUAUCGCUUUGGCAACUCUCAUCGGAAUUCCAAAUCCUUUAAAUGCAAUGCAGAUAUUGUGGAUCAAUAUUAUAAUGGACGGUCCACCAGCGCAGAGUUUGGGUGUAGAACCCGUUUCGAAAGACGUUGUUAAACAGAAACCUCGUAACGCUAAAGAACCCAUUAUUACGAGAGACCUUAUCGUUAACGUUCUUCUUUCUGCUUUUGUUAUAAUUGGAGGAACCCUGUGGAUAUUCAGGAAAGAGAUGAGUUCAGAAGGUAUCACGGCUAGAGACACAACCAUGACAUUCACAUGUUUCGUGUUUUUCGACAUGUGGAACGCACUCUCUUGUCGUCAUCACAUGAAAAGUAUUUUUUCCGUCGGAUUUUUCACCAACAAAAUGUUCCUAAUCGCUGUUACUCUCUCAGUCAUCGGCCAGUUAUUGGUGGUUUACGCUCCUCCUUUACAAAAGAUUUUCCAAACCGAAGCGUUAACUUAUUGGGACAUGAUAUUCUUAGUAACUCUUACGUCGUCAGUUUGGAUAAUUUCUGAAUUGAAGAAACUGCUGGAAAGGAUAGUUGUAGAGCAUAGAAGUAAAGGUAAAAAAUCUCCAUUGGAAUAUGUAUGACCGAAAGGGGGGCUAGGGGCGAAAACCCACAAAAAUUAACUACUGUAUUUUGUAGCCCCCUAAUUUGAGCCCCCCUCUCCCGUGUUGUUGUCUCUCGAUUAUAAUGUGAUCAGUUUUUACGAUAUUCAACACAGUGCAAAUACAGAUAAUUUUUAUGUCUCCACAAUCGAAUCAAAUUUUUACAAAUUUCAUUUUAAA